AAAGUUUCAAAGAAAAUGCAAAUAAUUUUACAAGUGCUUAUAUUAGAAUUUCAAAUUGUCUGCUCUGGAAUAUCUUUUGCUUAACUGGAAAUAGCUACAAUGAAAGUGGCACCUUGUUAAUUGAGAUGAAAAUACUUUUACUCAAACUAUUGGCAUUUCUGUUGAUGCAUUUGUAAAAUGCAUGGAAGGAAAACUAUUAAUGUUUUACUCCUGCUGUGAAGUGCUGAGAGCACCUACUAUGCCUAUAUGACAUAUCUAAGAAGUUUGACUAAGGAAAGGAAUACAGGAAUUGGCAUUUAUUUCAGAGGAAAAAGAGGAGAGAAAAAAUUCUUUCAGGCAUUCUUUAUACAUCAGAAAUAAACAACAAAAGAGCAUACUCACUUUUUUUUCCAGAUCCCUUUUAGCUGAUUAUAGGUAUGCCUGUGUUUGACUUUGGUAUGUAGUUAAUGGUAUUGCUCUAUAAUUUCAAAGAUACUCUCUAGUUUCUACAGUCCUGCAAACGUUUACAGAAAUGCUUAACCACAACUGGAGUAAUGUUAAAGAGUUAUGAACAGGUUUGCAGGAUUAGACCAUAGUUUGGUUUUCUUUUAGGCCAACUGAUGGGAAACAAGUUGUAGAGGUAUGGCAUUUUAUUUACUGAUUUUUUCAGCUGAAUUUACUGUGUUCUAUGCAGAAUGGCUGUUGAUGGUGGGUGUGGGGACACUGGAGACUGGGAAGGUCGCUGGAACCAUGUAAAGAAGUUCCUCGAGCGAUCUGGACCAUUCACACACCCUGAUUUCGAGCCAGGCACUCAACCUCUCGACUUUUUGUUAAACACAUGUAAAGUUCUAGUUAUUGGAGCUGGAGGAUUAGGAUGUGAACUACUGAAAAAUCUGGCAUUGUCUGGUUUUAGACAAAUCCAUGUUAUUGACAUGGAUACUAUAGAUGUUUCUAAUCUGAAUAGGCAAUUUUUGUUUCGACCCAAAGAUGUAGGACGACCUAAAGCAGAAGUUGCAGCAGAAUUUCUAAACAACCGAGUUCCUAAUUGUGCUGUGGUACCACAUUUUAAAAAAAUUCAGGAUAUGGAUGAAACUUUCUAUCGACAAUUUCAUAUUAUUGUAUGUGGGCUGGACUCUAUAAUUGCAAGAAGAUGGAUAAAUGGCAUGCUGAUGUCAUUUUUAAACUAUGAAGAUGGCAUGUUAGAUCCAAGUUCCAUCAUUCCUUUGAUAGAUGGAGGGACAGAAGGUUUUAAAGGAAAUGCUCGUGUGAUUAUUCCUGGAAUGACAGCUUGUAUUGAAUGCACACUAGAACUUUAUCCACCUCAGAUCAAUUUUCCCAUGUGUACUAUUGCAUCCAUGCCCAGGCUGCCAGAACAUUGUAUUGAAUAUGUCAGGAUAUUACAGUGGCCCAAGGAACAUCCUUUUGGAGAGAGUGUUCCUUUGGAUGGAGAUGACCCUGAUCAUAUACAAUGGAUUUACCAACAAUCUUUAGCAAGAGCAUCACAAUUCAAUAUCAAGGGUGUUACAUACAGACUUACUCAAGGGGUUGUUAAGCGGAUCAUUCCAGCUGUAGCUUCUACAAAUGCAGUCAUUGCAGCUGUAUGUGCCACUGAAGUUUUUAAAAUAGCCACAAGUGCAUACAUUCCUCUGAAUAACUACUUGGUGUUCAAUGAUGUAGACGGAUUAUACACAUAUACAUUUGAAGCUGAAAGAAAGGAGAAUUGUUCAGCCUGCAGCCAACUCCCUCAAAAUAUAGAGUUCCCUCCAUCAGCUAAACUGCAGGAGGUUUUGGAUUAUUUGACAAAUAAUGCUUCUUUACAAAUGAAAUCUCCAGCAAUCACAGCAACUGUGUAUGGGGGGAAUAAAACACUCUAUUUACAGACAGUCGCUUCAAUUGAAGAACGAACAAGGCCAAAUCUUUCUAAGACACUGAAAGAGUUGGGGCUCGUUGAUGGUCAGGAACUUGCAGUUGCUGAUAUAACUACACCACAAACUAUGCUGUUCAAGCUUCAUUUUACUUAAGUCCAAAUAAUCUGCACAUAACAGUAAGAAAAUUCUGCACACCAUGUAAAACAUGUUGUGCUCUGUGGAUGUUGAGUAACCUAAAAUGUCCCUUUUAAGUACUAGCCUUGCUGGAAGCUGGAUUAUCCCAGGCAAAUCACUCUUAUUUUAGAACUGUCCUUAGAUGCCAAUAUUUGGUGGAUAGUAUUUGUAUAAAUACACAUUAAUGUACAGAACUUGAUAAACAGUGAUAAUUAUUUUUGGUUUAUGUGUUGCUACUGUUAAAAUAAUGCCAACACUCCUUCCUACACUUGGACAUUUUAUGGUGGUCAAAGGAGUUCUCUGCUUGCAUUUGAACACCCACCUCUACCGAAGAAUAUCCUUUAAGGAGAACCAUGAUUUUAAAUUAAAUUUUAGAACCCAUGUACAUUUGUUGAGUCUUAUAUUGAAACCUGUGGGCAGUAGAGUAAAAGAAGCAUUGUAUGUUUCCUCCUUUAUUUAAUAUUCAUUUUUAUUGACCUGCUAAAUGGUUAUUAAGUAUUGCAGAGGGUUACUUCACUUUGGUUUACAAAUAUGGCAAGACAAUGAAAUUAAACUAAAUGAACAUCUGUGAAUGAAAAUUAAGUAUUUUUCAUGUGUAUAUGUGCAGUGGACUAGUGGCUACUAUGCACAAAAGUGCAGUCAAAAGCCCACUGAUGUUCAAGAUCGGUGAGUUACGUUUGGUUAUCAUUGAUGCUCUCAAGGUAUUUAUUAAUAAAAUAUAUAUAAAGA